AUACUUUUAAAAGAAAAAAAUUAAGAAAAAUUCUCAAAAAUGGCAUCUUACACUUUCGAAACAAUCGACCAUCCAAAAAAUAAAUUUUCCUUCAACUUCCCAUUAGCAAAAGUUUGGAUGACAUCUCCUCCAAAGACACCUUUAGGCGACGAUUGGAAGCCAAAUUACUGCGUUCUGCCCGAAAAACACUUAAAUUUCAUCGACGAGAUAAAAAUGUUCGAUGUUCGUCCCGACGACGUUUGGAUUGCUGCCUUCCCAAAAUGCGGCAUCACGAUCAUGCAAGAACUCGUUUGGCUCCUCAAACACGAUUUGGACUACGACACCGCUAAUUCUGUCAAAACUAAGGUUCGUUGCCCGUUUUUCGAGCUUUCAUCUCUCACUCGGGACUCCCUGGAUCACAAAGAAAUCAAAGCAAUGAUCGAUAUCGUGGAUGAACGAGCUUCUCCGAGAAUUAUCAAGACACAUUUGCCUCUCGCGUUCCUCCCGGAAGAGCUUUGGACGAAAGAUCCGAAGAUAAUUUACGUGAUUCGAGAUCCAAAAGACGUCGCGGUGUCAUAUUAUCAUCAAUACAAAAUGUUGCAUGGGUACGAAGGGAAAUUGGAGGAUUUUUGUGAAUUAUUUUUGGAAGGAUUGGUUGCUUAUACGCCGUUUGAUAGUCAUGUGAACGAGUUUUAUCGCAUGCAAGAGCGGAAAAAUAUUUUGUUUUUGCGGUAUGAGGAGAUGCAAGCGGAUUUACGGGCAAUUAUUCGUAAAACAGCCAAAUUUUGCGAUAAGGAAUUAUCUAUGGAGGACAUUGAACUGCUGUUUGAUCAUUUGCAACCGGAGAAAAUGCGCAGAAAUUCGGCGUGUAAUCAAGAUGAUUUGGUCAAUAGAUCGACGCCACGUUGGUCGACCAAUUUGCCGGAUUAUGAAAUUAUUCGAAAAGCGAUGGUUGGAACAUUCCGCGAAGAAAUGCCCGUCGAGUACAUCGUCAAAUUCUGUCAAUAUAUUCAAGGAAAAUUCGAGCCUGAAAUUUUCAAAGCGCAUCUCGAAGAAGACGAAUGUUGCAUAAAGGAAAAAUGCGAAGGUUGCUGCUCCAAAGACGGCGAAAAUUGUUGCUCGAAAGACGGCGAAGGCAAAGAAUGUUGUUGCAAAUGCACCGAAAAAUGCUGCAAAUAUCUCUGUUUAGCCAUGUUCCGAUUCGAAUCGUUCGGUCCAACUCCCAUCGACUGCGAGGGGUGCAAAAAUUACAUUACCGUCGAAGUUGUGCGGGAAAAUGCGGAAAAUAACAACAACACGAACGGCGAAGCGGCGAAAAAGCCCCGAAAAAUGACAAUUAUCGAUCGGUAUAUCCCGAUGGCGCCGCGAAUCAAGGCAAUGGAAGUUUAUGACGACGAUUUGUGGGUCAUGUCGUUCCCGAAAUGCGGCACGACGUGGACCCAAGAGAUGGCGUGGCUGAUUAACAACAAUUUGGAUUACGAAACUGCGGGAAAAGUCGAUCUUUCGCAUAGAUUUCCCUUUAUGGAGUUAAGCGGCGUUUUAAGCAAUUAUCCGCCGGGAUCAGAAGAUGUUGUUUUCAAUUUACCUCGCCCUCGACACAUCAAGAGCCAUUUGACGGUCGAUAAUUUGCCAGAUAAAAUGUGGACAAGCAAAGCUAAGAUAAUUUACGUCAUUCGCAAUCCUAAAGACGCAUUGUUAUCAUUUUAUCAUCAUUAUCGCAACCUCGUUGGAUACAGCGGCUCAAAAGAGGUAUUUUUCGACACCGUGAUGGAAAACAAGAUAAUUUACGCUCCUUUCCAUCAACACGUUCUCGACUUUUACGCCCUCCGUGACAACCCGAAAAUCCUCAUUCUUCACUUCGAAGACAUGAAAGCGGAUUUAAUGUCAAACCUGAAGAAAGUUUGUCGCUUUUUGGAGAAAGAAUACACGGACGAGCAACUGGCGAAACUUGCGGAACAUUUGUCAGUCGAAAAUAUGAGAAAAAAUCCGACGUGCAACAAUGAGGUACAUUUGAACGAUGCGCGACAAUAUCACAAAGCAACUUUCGACACGAAUUUCCAAUUUAUUCGAAAAGGCAAGGCGGGAGCGUUCAAAGAGGAAAUCAGCGAAGAAUACAUCAAAAAAAUCGAUGCUUGGACAGAAGAGAAUCUUAAAGGGAGCGAUUUUAAGUUCAAAUUUUGAUUAAAGGAGGUCAA